AUGGACAAACAUCCAUCACCGAAAGAUAAAGUUUAUGAUGAAAUUUACGACGUAUUAGGUGAUGGAGACCAAACAAUUACUAUUGAAGACACAUCUAAACUUCUAUAUUUGGAUCAAGUGUUAAAGGAAACACUUCGAUUAUUUCCAGUAAUACCGUUAAUACUUAGGAAACUUCAAGGUGAUGUUAAAAUUAUUUCAAAUAAUAUUGUUCUACCAAAAGGAUCUACGUGUUACCUAAGUCCAUUAGCCACUCAUCGUGAUUCAGAUUCAUACCCAAAUCCUACUAGUUUUGAUCCAGAAAACUUCAGUCCUGAAAAUAUUGCAAAGCGACAUAAAUAUAGUUUUAUAGGUUUUAGCGGUGGCCCAAGAGGUUGCAUAGGAUCCAAGUAUGCUAUGCUGUCGAUGAAAGUUCUAGUAGCUACAUUCUUGCGAAACUACAGUGUUCAUACGGAUUGCAAAUUUAACGAUAUUAAAUUAAAAUUAGAUUUGUUAUUGAGAAGUUCCAAUGGUUAUCCUGUUACUAUUCGAACACGCGAUAGGAGACCUGUAUAUAAAUUUAAAUUAGAAUACAUUUAGAUGACUAAUUUUAAGAUACCUAAUUAGUAAUUACUAUAUUAAUAUCUUAGAGUUUAGAUCAGUAGUUUUCAAACUUUUAUUAAACUUGACACACCGUACUUCACGAAAAAUAUUCAUCGCACAGUGACUUUUUUUUUUGCACUAAAUAAUUAGAUGAACAAAAUUGUUUUGAAUUAUAAUUAUAUAUAAGUAUAUUUAAUUAGAAAAGUGUGCUUGAUGGAUCAACAUUUUUUUAAUAAUUAUAUUUUAAUAAUUGUAUUCUUGGACGAAUAGUUGAACUUUCCGAAAGACCACAGCACACUUAGUGAAUGCUUGCGGCACACCAGUGUGCCGCGGCACCCAGUUUGAAAACCACUGGUUUAGAUCAUAUUAUCAUACUAUAUGGACGGAGCUCAUGCCCAUAACAACCGUAUAAACAAUCUGACACAUAUAGUAUAAAAGUAAUAGAUGUUUGAUUUGCACAUGCGUAAGGCAAACCGUCGCAUAUUUAACUGUUUGCUGAUUGAUUCAUAGUUAUAUUAUAUAUAUAUAUUCAAAAUUCAAAUAGAUAAUUCUGCGACAUUUCUUUUCACGCAUGCUUAUAGUUUGUUCGUAUAAUACAGAGACUAUUGUAGCUAAUAUGUGCUUCAAAUUGAAAGCAUGGGUGCAUCGUCCACCCAUAGCAUAUGAUCCAAGGUUAAUAUAAUACUAGGUUUUUUAUAAACGAUACACAGUAAUAUUUUUAGAAACCUUUUAUUUUUGGACAUAUUUAUCAGAUCUUUUAAAUUUGUUAUUUUAAAUCAUAAUACUAUUGAUAAGAUUUUAACUUGGAAUUGUAUUAAAUCUAUUUAUUUUAUU